AUGGCAGACAUGAACAAGGUCUUGGAGAGGCAAAUCCAAGAAUUUAGAGAAAGAAGGCGUAGACGAGCUGCAGGCAAAAGGGCGCAGGCAGAACUGGAUAUGCAAAUUGUCACAGCAGUGGCUAUGCAUGAUGAAGAAAACCAGAGUCGCGGUGGUUCACGAGAAGGUCGUAAACCGAAUGUGGACAGACAUAGACAUUCUCGGGGUAAGAAUCUUAUGGAAGAUUAUUUUAUGCCAACUUCUCUGUACUCUGAUAGAAAUGUUGCUGGAAAUUUGGGACUGCUUCCCGAGCAGAAGUUCACAGCUGUUAUCCGAAUGUUGGCGUAUGGCUCAUCUGCUGAUCAAGUGGAUGAGAUUGCCCAGAUGGGGAAGUCCACUAUUUUAGAGACCUUCGUGAGAUUUUGUGAUGCAGUCGAAACUCUGUACACCAGGGACUACCUGCGCAAACCUGCGCCCAGGGACCUGCAACGGCUUCUACAAAAAGCGGAAGAGAGAGGAUUUCCAGGAAUGAUUGGUACCAUCGACUGCAUGCACUGGCAGUGGAAGAAUUGCCUGACCACUUGGCAAGGCGAUUAUGGGAAUCGGAAAGGCCAAAAAAGCAUCAUCCUUGAAGCCGUUGCAGGUUUUGAUACGUGGGUUUGGCAUGCUUUCUUCGGAGUUGCCGGAUCUCAAAAUGACUUGAACGUCCUGGGUCAAUCCCCGGUGUUCAAUGAUAUUUUGAGAGGUAAAGCCCCAAAUAUCACCUAUCAAAUCAACAAUACCGUCUACCAAAAUGGGUAUUAUCUAGCUGAUGGCAUUUACCCGAGAUGGACCACAUUUGUCAAGUCAAUUCCGCAUCCCCGAUCCCAGAAGCAAAAUUUUUUUGCUACAUAUUAA